AUGCCUUCUAAAAAAGCCUCUAAGAAAGAGACUGUAUCUGCAGGCAAAAAAGCACUUACGUCCUCAGAUAAAAACAACAUAGCUUUAAUCGAAAAUAAGAAGACCUAUAAUGAUCAGAACAAGAUUUACAAGAGUCAUGAUCCUGUUAAAAGCUUUAAUUAUAAUGAUAUUAAUAAAUCGAGACAUUCUCGUUCUCGAUUACCAUCUUCUCAAUCAAGAGAUUCUCUGUCAAGAUAUUCUUGUACACAUUCACGACAUUCUUCUUUACAAUGUUCAUAUUCACAAUAUUCUUCUUUACAAUGUUCAUAUUCACAACAUUUUUCUUUACAAC